UUUAUUAUUAAAAUAUUAUGUUAUAGAUACGUCGUAUAUUAUGAAAUUAGUUAUAUAGAUCUAAGGAUAAAGGAAAUAUAUUGUGAUUAACUAUCAUACGUAAUCAGCUGUGAAUUGCUACAUUACUAAGAAAAUUGAUUGCAGAUGACUUCCAAGGAUUAUUUGCCUUUUUAUGUAUCUGGAAAAGUAGUAUCUGGCUUUUGUAGAGGAUCUAAAUCAUUAGGAUGUCCAACAGCUAAUUUAUCUGAAGAAAUUGUUGAAACGCUUCCAAUUGAAUUUGAGACUGGAAUUUAUUUUGGUUGGGCAUGCUUAGAAAGAAAAAUUUAUAAAAUGGUUAUGAGUAUUGGUUGGAAUCCAUUUUAUAAAAAUGAAAAAAAAUCAAUGGAAAUACAUUUACUCCAUAAAUUUGAAGAUGAUUUUUAUAAUAAGAUUUUAAAAAUUAUAGUAUUGAGAUACAUUAGACCAGAAUUAAAUUUUAAUUCUAUUGAUGAUUUGAUAAAAGCAAUUAAAAAUGAUAUAGAAAUAGCUAAAAGAUGUCUUGAUGAAUCAAAUAUGAUAAAAUAUAAAGAAGACCCAUUUUUAAACAGUUAAAAAUUCUCAUCAAUAAGA